AUGAGGAGACCAACCCUUCAUGGUAACGAGUUUGUCUCAGCAGAGCACAUACUACGAGCAGCUCUAGAAGAUGGACCCAUAGGAUUCAUGCUGUUGGAGGAGUCACCAUCAUCACUCCCAGCCUUUGGUUUUGUACCUACAGGCGCAGACAAAGGAGUCGAGAUGGAGGUGGAGGUAGACAAGGUGGUGGAAGCAGACAAGCUGCCCCAUCAUACCAAGCAUGAUCUCCACCUCAAGUUGAUAGAAGGAGGUAAGCCACCUCAAGGGCCCCUAUACCUUAAGGGACCCAAGGAGAUGUCUGAGUUGAGGAGGUACUUGGAUGAGAACCUCAAGAAGGGGUUCAUAAGACCAUCGAAGAGCCCGGCACGAUCACCAGUGCUCUUCGUACCAAAGAAGGAUGGAGGUCUCAGACUCUGUGUGGACUACAGAGGUCUCAACGAGAUCACUGUCAAGAACAGGGCACCAUUGCCCCUCAUCGAGGAGCAGCUGUUCUUACUCAGGAAGGCAAGGAUCUAUACCAAGCUAGACCUUAGAGCAGCAUACAACCUCAUCCGGAUUGCUAAAGGAGAUGAAUGGAAGACAGCUUUUGGCACUCAGUUGGGACUCUAUGAGUACCUAGUGAUGCCCUUUGGCCUAGCCAAUGCUCCAGCUCACUUCCAGUCAUUCAUCAAUGACAUCUUCCGAGACAUCAUUGGGAUAUAUGUGGUAGUAUACCUAGAUGACUUCCUGAUCUUCAGUGACACUGAAGAAGCACAUGUGAAGCAUGUCACUGAGGUCCUCACUCGCUUAAGGAGCAACAGGCUCUUUGCUAAGCUGUCGAAGUGUGAGUUCCACACCAAGACAGUCGAGUUCCUGGGGUACAUCAUCAAGCCGACAGGCAUAGAGAUGGACCCAGAAAAGGUGCGCACUGUCAAGGAGUGGCCAAAGCCAGAGUCAAUCCAUGACAUCCAGAGGUUCCUGGGUUUUGCCAACUUCUAUCGAAGGUUCAUAGCCCACUUUGCUCACAUAGCCAAGCCUUUGACAGCACUGGUAAAGCCUAUAGAACGGUUCAAGAAGUUUGAGCUACCAGAGGAGGCCCAACAGGCCUUCCACAAGCUCAUCCAGGCCUUCACAUCAGCAGGAGUGCUUCAGCACUUCAACUACCAUCUUCCAACAAGGUUGGAGACUGAUGCAAGUGACUUUGCUAUAGCAGGAGUACUCAAGCAGGAGCAUGAAGGACGAUGGCAUCCAGUGGCCUUCUACUCUAGGAAGAUGUCUUCUGCCGAGAAGAACUAUGAAAUCCAUGACAAGGAGCUCCUAGCUGUGUAUCGACCAGGAGACAAAGGUGGUGAACCUGAUGCUCUCACCAGAAGGACAGACAUGCAACCAGCUGGUGAAGAGCAGGAUCACAAUGUGAGGCAACUACUGCCUCCUCGAGUGUUCAAGGAGACAGCAGACCAUGACUCGACCCUAGUGGCCCCUAUGCUCUCGAUGGAGUCCAUAACAUCAAAAGGUCUCAAAGACCUGGUCAAGAUCUUCCAGCCCUUGGACCAAGAGCUACAGGAGAUACAUAGGAAGAAGCCCUUUGAACUCAAGGACGACCUAUGGUACAGUGGAGGAAGGCCCUGGGGCUUCAUAUCCCUCGACUUCAUUGAAGGACUACCACCAUCGAAGAAGUAUGACUCCAAGACCUAUGACUCUAUUUUAGUCAUUGUCGACAGGUUAACCAAGUUUGCCAUACUAGCUCCAACCCAUAAGACAGUCAUGGCCAAACAGACUGCAGUAUUGCUAUAUGGACACAUGGUUAGACUCUUUGGAUAUCCAGAUCACAUGGUAUCGGACCGAGGCAGGCAGUUCAUAUCAGGAGCAUGGAAGGCAUUUGCAGAGCAAAUGGGUGUGAAGCACUCACUUAGCAUGGCUUACCAUCCUCAAACUGAUGGUCAGACAGAGAGAGUCAAUCAGGUCAUAGAGCAAUACCUCAGGAUGUACUGCAACUAUGAGCAGAAUGACUGGGCCAACCUGCUGGACACUGUGGCCUUUGUAUACAACAACACGGUCCACAACAGCAUUGGUGUCUCACCAUUCUUUGCAUGCUAUGGAUGGAACCCCAAAGCUCAUCCUGACAUCCCUCAACGACUAGGAGUCAAUGAUCCAGGUCGCUUCGAGUACCUCAUGGAUGGAAAGGAGCAUUGCAAGUACCUCCAGGAGCAGAUCAGAGAGGCACAACAUAGAUCAGUAAACCAGUAUAACAGGAAGCACAAGGACAUCGAGUUUAAGGUGGGUGAUAUGGUCUAUAUCAACCGUCAUAACUGGAAGACACGGAGACCCACACCCAAGUUAGAUACCCGGUUUGCAGGACCCUACCCAGUUCAGGAACGGGUAGGACGCCGAGCUUAUCGAAUCACAUUGCCAGCAAACCUUAGGGUGCAUGAUGUGUUCCAUGUCUCCAUGCUCAAGCCAGCAAGAACAAGUUCUCUUCCUCAACGUGCUGAACAGCCCACCAUACCAUCACUUCCAGAUGAGGACCUCGACUUCGAAGUCGAAGCACUCAUCGACAAGCGUUCACACAAUGGGACUACAGAGUACAAGGUGUUGUGGAGAGGGUACUCAGAGGAAGCUGCUUCAUGGGAACCAGUAGAGAACCUCAACUGUCCCGACCUCAUCCAGGAGUAUGAGGUGUCGGAGGGGGGACGAAAAAGGAGGAAGGAUGAUGUUGGCGAUGUUGUCGAGGAGGAGGAGGAGGAGGAGGAGUCAGCAUGGACCAGACCAGAGCAUGCCUCGACGGAGCUCGGCUCUUAA